AUGUCGUCCGCUUCGGGGCCAUCCUCUAACCCGUCAAAACCGGCAAAUACACAAGUCCAACUUGGACCUCCUCCCGCAGCCCCGACCUACACCGGAACCGUCGAAACAGGCUCUCACCGCCGAGGCUUUGCGAAUCCUGCCUCAGUGAGAAAUUCGUCUGCACCGAGAAACAACCAGGGCCGAAAGCAGCAGCACAAACGUCAUCGUCGGCCCCGCUUGGUAGACGAGGAUGCGCUUGCAGAGUCUAUUGCAGUGAAUAGCACGAUGAGUCGAAAAGGACAGACCUCGAUCACCCAUCUGAUGAACUUCUCCCUUCCACCCCGCCCACACCAUCGUCACCACCACCACCACCAGCAUCACACACCGUAUAGACCGCCUCGCCGUACUCAUGGAUGGGGAAUCCGUUCGGGUGCGGUGGAUAAAGCCAGAUACGUCCAUGCCAACUAUCGGUUCAUUGUAAAUCCAACGAAGAACUACCACUCCCAGGCCACAAAUGCAGAUGUCCACCUUGACUGGGAUACGGUUUUGCAGGUUUUGGUUUCCUCCGAAACCCAGAAGACUAGUUGUCCGAUCUGCCUCUCCACCCCCGCUGCACCGCGGAUGGCCAAAUGUGGCCAUAUAUUCUGCCUUCCUUGCCUCAUUCGGUAUAUGCACUCUAGUGAUGACUCCAAUCCAGUUCCCGAAAAGAGGCCCAGAUGGAAAAAAUGUCCGAUUUGCUGGGAUGCCAUCUACAUAUCAGAUACUCGUUGCGUUGCAUGGCAUACAGGACAGCAAGCCGACAUGCUUAUGGAGGGCGGUGAUGUUCUGCUUCGGUUGGUCUGGCGGAUGCCGGGAAGCACACUGGCCCUUCCCCGCGACGGCGCAAUUAUUGGGCCCGAAGAAGACAUUCCAUGGUACCAUAUCGCAGAUGUGCCCGAUUACGCUCGGAUCAUGAAAGGUGGCGAGGACUACAUGCUCUCUCAUUAUGAUACUGAGAUUGAGGAGCUCAAAAAGCUGGAGCAUGAAGAUAAUCUACUUUUUGGGGAGGAUUCAACAUGGACAGGCAAAGCGAUCGCGGCCGUCAAAGAUGCAAAGGAGAAGGUAAAAGGAAUCGGCAAUCCCCCGGAACUAUCGAGAGAAUCAGUCGAGCGACGACCGCCUAGAACACUUCCGUCUGAACCCUUGGAUGGUGCUCCUGAUAUGUAUCAUUUCCAACGAGCGUUAAAGUCCGGCAAUAGUUCUUCGAGUGCAUCUAUUACCGGUCCAAGUCUAGGCUCGAGUAGUUCGAAGAUCAACGAUGCGACAACGGCCGAGGAGUACCUUUCUGCAGACACUGUCGCUAAACAUGGCCGCUCGGUCACCGCGGAUAAAUCAAGAUCUGGCCAUAUGCCUCACUCCAGCGAUCAACCGUACUAUUUUUACCAAGCUCUCCCUCACUUUUAUCUUUCACCUUUGGACAUACGCAUCUUGAAGGCAGAAUUUGGCGAUUUUUCACAGUUUCCAUCUGCGAUCCUACCUCGAGUGGAGCACAUAUCAACAGGCUACGUGGUGGAUGACGAUUUACGCAAGCGUGCGAAGUAUCUAGGCCACUUACCGUAUGGGUGUGAGGUAAGUUUUUUGGAGUGUGAUUGGACCGAUCUUGUUAGCCCCGCAAUCCUCGAGAAGUUUGCUCCUGAAAUCAGCCGCCGUCGGAAGCGAAAUAAGGAGAAGGCGGCUACAGAAGAAAAGGAACGUAUCCGCGCGGAGAAAGAGGAAGACGACAAGAGGUGGGCCGCGGUCAGGAGGAAGAGGCCGAGUAUAGGAGCUCCCUCCAACCAGCCGUUUUCGGAAACUGAUUUCCAACCUCUUGCGGGUCCGUCUAGCGCAGAGGUCCCCCCGGUUCCUGAGGCGACCUUCCCCCAGGGCCCGCCUUCACCCGGACCAUCUCGAGAGCAGAGCCAUUCGUCGUUCGCUGCGCUCGCUUCACCGUCCAGCAGUCCACCGACACGCCGGACGGUCUGGGGCACGGCAGCUGUGGAGUCCAGCUCGGAGCCAUUGCCAUACCGGAGCCAAAACGAGGUCGAAGACGGAUGGCUCCAGGGUUGGGAGAGGGAGCUACUGCUGGCAGAGCAGGAAGAGGUUCUUGCGGUGCGAGAGAACGCAGCUCACGCCGCAGGAAACGGUAAACGAAAGAAAAACAAGAAAAUCACGCUGAUGUCCACCAACGCCAGGCGAGCAGCUUGAUCGAUGUAAUUGUCGUUUGAUCGAUGUGUAUCUUUGCUGAGAGGCGUGCAAAAUAUAUGUAUUUUUGCUUCUGUAGCUACGGAGUACCCUGGGUGCAGAUAGUAAAUAGAUUGGUGCUACACACAACCUGAGAAC